UGAGAGGGUACCUAGAGAUUGAGAUUGGGUGGCUCGGUCUAGUUUACCUAGGUACUUGAGCUGCUUACCUCUUGUACAUUGAACAGGUCGGUAGAAUGUGCUCGGAUCUUGCUUAUUUCAAUCAUUACCUAAGGCAUAUAAUACUCGCCUUGUAUGAUUUGAUUACAGCUAUUUCUUACUUUUGUCAUUUCACGUGGCAAUGGGAAUUCGAAAUUGUUGAACGUUGGUUCUUGCUACCACGGAUUGGACUCUUAAAUUUGUUUUAUUUCCUUCCCAUUCUUUUUUUCCCCUUUAUUUCUUACUACAUGGUAUUUAGUCCAGUCGGGGUUUCAGUAGCCGCAUUCCCAGUGUUUCUCAAGGCGUAAAAAUAUCAGCAUACUUGAGUUCAAUUCGUAUUAGCUCUAUAGAAACUUGCUAUCUAACCCCCUAUGUCACUCCAAGUCUCAGACAUUGCAAAGGCGUUGCAUAACCUUAAACUCUCCACUAUACAUCAU